AAAUGAUGGAAGACAGAAAUCUCCUUCAUUAUUAGAAAUACCCGAUUCUUUCAUUUUAUUAAAAGCUUCAAGCAAUUUGACAAAAAAUGUUAAUAUGUCCAAGUCACAUAGUUACCAAGAAUCAAAUAGUUCAGACAAUUCUAGCCACAUAAGGAGGAAAAAAUUGAAAAGCGAUAUUAAAUCCUUUUGCAAAUCUCUCUUGAUGGGAAAUAUCUUAGCUGGCACUUUGGGAUUUUGCCUCAUCUUGCCUAUAUUUUAUCUAAAAUUGGAUCAAAUGGAGAUUGAUCACGAGAAAAAGGUGGCAAAUUUGGUAGACGAAAUUCGUUCGAAAAAGAGUCAAGUGUACCAACUCAAUACCGGAUUACUGUUUUUAAAAAACGACAUGGAUUUGAUGGCAAAAAACCAUGACCAUGAUGAUGAAAUUGAGAAAAGAUAUCUCACUCAAGGAUUCUUGAAUAAUAUAAACGCCAAAAAUAAGGAUUCUACACUUAAAAGAUCUAAACGUUUUUAUCCUGGUGUAUAUAAAACAGAUGCACCUCAGGGACAGAAAGAAUGUUGUAUACAAGGAGGUCCUGGUAGUUUGGGAACACCUGGAAGAGAUGGUUACCCCGGGCCACCUGGCAGAGAAGGCCCUCCUGGAAGAGAUGGAAAUCCCGGCCCACAGGGCAUAGAUGCAAUACCUGGCAAAGAUGGAGAUCCAGGAGAUUCUGGAAAUCCUGGGUCUGACGGUCAACCUGGUCGACCGGGAAGAGAUGGGCAGCCUGGAUUCCCAGGUAGAGAUAGUAGCCCUGGCUCAGAUGGGAAACCUGGAAUUGACGGGAAUGAUGGCGCCCCUGGGUUAGAUGGGUCACCGGGAAAAGAUGGAGAAAAAGGUGAGGCUGGUUCCAAUGGGCGAGAUGGAAAUGAUGGAUUACCUGGUAUAGACGGACGUUCUGGAAGCCCUGGAACUCCAGGAGAACCAGGUGAACCAGGUGGGGAUGGAACUCCGGGACCUCCUGGUGAAGAUGGAUUGCCGGGUAUUGAUGGCUCUUCAGGUGAGCCAGGUCAAGAUGGUAAAUCAGGACUUGACUCUAUUACACCUGGGCCACCUGGAGAUACAGGUUUGGAAGGCAAAGACGGUAGACCAGGGGCACCUGGAAGUGACGGUCGGCCAGGAUCGGAUGGAAUUCCUGGUCAAGAUGGGUUUCCAGGCGAACUAGGAGAUCCAGGAGAUUCAGGCGAAUCUGGAGAUGAUUCUGAUCAUGGACGUUUAGGUAUCCACGGAGAAAAAGGAAAAGAUGGUCUACCAGGGAAACCGGGUUUAGACGGAACCCCUGGAAGAGAUGGCUUACCAGGAAGAACAGGUGAUCCUGGUAGAGAUGGGAAAGACGGGAAACCAGGAGACUCCGGUAGAGAUGGUUUUGACGGAAUUCCCGGAAGAGCAGGAAGAGACGGUAGACCUGGCAACCCUGGACCAAAGGGUCCUCCAGGUCCGCCUGGUAUAGAUGGAGCAGAUGGCACACCUGGGAGUCAUGGUAAAGAUGGUACUGAAGGAAUACCUGGAACACCAGGCAAAGACGGCCAACCUAAUUUUACACCAGGUCCUCCUGGUAAUCCAGGACCGCAAGGUUUUCCAGGCAACCCAGGUUUAGAUGGUCGUCCUGGGGAUUUAGGAGAAACUGGCGAUCCUGGUGAAAAAGGAUUGCCCGGCCCGCCCGGCAUUGAUGGUUCACCUGGAUCUCUAGGAUUGGAUGGCGAGCCGGGGGAUCGGGGCUCGCCUGGAACUAAAGGAAGACCAGGAAACGCAGGAUCUGAUGGACCAAUUGGUCAGGAAGGUUCUCAAGGUUUGAUGGGGCCUCAAGGACCUGAAGGAGAUCCUGGGGCUAGAGGUUUACCUGGGAAUCCAGGUGAAACGGGUAAACCUGGACAAGCUGGAACUUGUAUCGAAAUAGCAUGUCAAGCGUCUAAAGCUGUUAAUGAAUGCAGUGGUACUGUAUUUACUAGAUGGGGACAAACUGCAUGUCCAGAGGGAGCCAUCAUAGUUUACAGUGGAAAAGUAGCCGGAGGUAGCAAUAAACAAACAGGAGGUGGAUUUAACUACAUCUGUCUACCAAAUCGUAUUCAGGGCAAAGACUUUACAAAUGCAGUGGUGGGUCGCACUAUAUCCAAGAUAUACGGAGCUCAAUUCCAUUUUUACCCUGAGGGCGGUCCCUUCCUCUCAAACGCAGCUAACUUACACUUAGCUGCUUGUUCCGUUUGCUUGAGGAGGAAUCAUUGUCUUCACGUUAUACUACCAGCCCACGUACAUUGUCCACAAGGAUGGUUUGAAGAAUAUAAAGGUUAUUUGAUGUCCAUUGAUAAUGAAAAGGCUCGGGCUGAGUAUGUUUGUGUGGACGAAACACCGGAAGGUUUUGAAAUUGAUGGAAAGGAACAUUACCAUGGAGCUAGCGGUCUAUGGCCUGUUGAAUCAAAGUGCGGAAUUUUACCCUGUAGUACGUACUACGAUGGGAGGGAGAUACCCUGUAUCGUAUGCAGUCGUUAAAGAUUCAAUUUAUAAAUCCUUUUUUUUGCAAUAAAAGUAAAUUUAAUAAUUUUUCAUAAAGUGCUUUUUUAUUUUCUUAUAUAAAAAUUAAUUAUCAAAUAGUAUAUUAACAAAAAAAUAUUUUUUAAUAUUAUCGCAAAUAUACGUUGAAUUCGUAUUACAAAUUAUAUUUUU